UCGAUCUUCUACUCCAUCUCCUCCACCAUCUCCUUCUCAGUCUCCUUCCUCUCUCUCCUUUCCCCAACUCUUUCCCCCCUCCUCUCCUCCAGCACAGAUGGGCUUCACAUCGGGCUGCAACCACCUCAGUUUCUCCCAUCCCUGGAGGACCCUCCUGGCUCAUCUAGUGGCUCUGCACCUCCUCCAUCUGGGAUCAGCCCAGCUCACAGUGGUAGCACCAAACCCUCAUGUCACUGCCACUGUGGGACAGGAUGUCGUGCUGCGCUGUCAUUUGUCCCCUUGCAAGGAUGCUUGGAGUUCAGACAUCAGAUGGAUCCAGCACGGAUCUGCUGAGCUCUUGCACCACUACCAAAAUGGAGAGGACCUGGAGCAGAUGCAGGAAUAUAAAGGGAGGACAGAACUGCUCAGGGAUGGCCUGUCUGAUGGAAACCUGGAUCUGCGAAUCACUGCAGUCACCUCCGCGGAUAGUGGCACAUAUAGCUGUGUUGUGCAUGAUGGUGAUGACUAUGCAGAAGCUGUGAUGAACCUGCAGGUGUCAGAUCCCUUUUCCCAGGUCACCCAUCCCUGGAAGGUGGCUCUGGCUGUGGUUGUCACACUUCUGGUUGGGUCAUUUGUCAUCAUUGCUUUUCUCCAUGGAAAGAAAGUGGCACAGAGCAGAAAGCUGAGUGAGUCCUUCCAGCCCCUUUCACCACCAAAGUCCCUUUAACAGAACUGAUAGAAGACUGCAGAGUGCUGGGUUUAUGCCAUGGGAUUUUGGGGCCAUGGGAUGUGUUGGGGUCAUGGGAUGUGGUGGUGCUCUGGGAUGCACUGGGGUAAUGGGUUUUGUUGAUCUGGAUUGAUCCACAUGUAGAACUCCUGCCCAAUCUGUUCCUUCCUAUUGGUUUAAUUCCUUCUGGGAAUGUGAGUUCUCAGUGGCCAAUUCCCAGAACAAAAACAUCUGGGUUGUGCAUAUGGCAUCAGCCAUGGAAUCA